CACGCACACACCCAGGCAUUAUGCUGAUGGCUCAUCGUGGGCUGUGCGCGGUUUUUUCAUGUCCUGCGUGAGAACAUGGUGAGCUAUGAAGAGGAAUUAAAAGCUGUGGAAUAACACAGUCAGCGCAUGAUGUAAGACCGCUUAAACUUUUUAUAAUCUCUCUUAUAAGAUGUCUUCAUACUUUAGCCUUUUUAUAUUUUUAUAUGUACUUAAUAUAUCUGACAAAUCAUUCGGUGAAAUGUUUACAUCGAUGAUGAGCGUGAAUCAAGCUGUUUCCGCAGAAAGACAACUAAUCGAUCAUUUAAGAAUAUACAUAGAACUGGAAAUACAAAGACUUGACGAUAUUAAAAGGUUCUUUUCAAGAGUCAAAUCAUUACACAGUGGUGUAUAUGAUGAGCCAUCAGCUACCAUAGCUAAUCCAAUUAUUGCUUUCAAACUGGUCAAAAGACUUAAGUCUGAAUGGUUGAAUGUUGUCCAUAGCAAUGAAGCCGAAGAAAACAUCAAAGCUCUCAGGGAGGGCUACAGGAGGAUGGAAGGCAGCUUACCCAAGCUGGAGGACCUUCAGGGGGCAGCGCAGGGGCUGAUGAGGCUUCAGGAUGUGUAUGAUCUACGUGUGGAGGGGCUUGUGCAAGGGCACUUCCAGCAAAUCACAAAUGGAAAUGCUGUUGACAUUUAUAAACCCCCUGUGUCUGAUACACUCUCUGGGGAUGAUUGCUUCCUUGUUGGAAAGGUGGCCUAUGAUCUGGAAGAUUACUACCAUUCUGUGCAGUGGUUUGAGGAGGCAGUUCGUCUCUUUCGAGGAACAGAAUGGAGUCCAGAAAAUGAAGGCACACUUGAAGAUGCCCUUGACCAUUUAGCUUUCUCUCAUUUCAAGACUGGAAACAUAUCCUACGCCCUCAGUCUCUCUCAGGAACUAUUGCUUCAUGAUCCUAUGAACAGAAGGGUACAUUUCAAUGUGGAGAAGUAUGAGAAGCUUCUUGAUGAAAGGCCGCCUGUUACUAACCAAAGCUUGGCUUUGAAAAGGCCUGACACCACUUAUCUGAGAACCAGGAAUGUCUAUGAGAAGCUCUGCCAAACAAAAGGAUCUCAGCCAAAACAUUUUGAGAACCCAAGGUUAUUCUGCGACUAUUUCACCAAUGGCAACCCUGGUUUACUUCUGCAACCAAUUAAACGAGAGCUAAUCAGCCUGCACCCUUAUGUUGUGCUCUUCCAUGGUUUUGUCACCCGACCUGAAGCUAAAAGCAUCAGAGAAUAUGCUGUGCCAGGGCUUAGAAGAUCAGUGGUGGCAUCAGGAGUAAAUCAGACCACUGCAGAAUAUCGCAUCAGCAAAAGUGCAUGGCUUAAAGAGUCAGCCCAUGAAGUUGUGGGCAAGGUGGAUCGACGCAUCACUAUGGUCACUGGGUUGAAUGUGCAGCCCCCUUAUGCUGAAUAUCUCCAAGUUGUAAAUUAUGGUAUUGGAGGACACUAUGAACCUCAUUUUGAUCAUGCCACAUCUGAUUCAAGUCCAUUGUACAGGUUAAAAACUGGAAAUCGAGUGGCUACCUUCAUGAUAUAUUUGAGCUCUGUGGAAGCAGGAGGAUUCACAGCCUUUAUAUAUGCCAACUUCAGUGUUCCUGUAGUGGAGAAUGGUGCUCUCUUCUGGUGGAAUCUUCAUAGAAAUGGUCAAGGAAAUGGUGACACUCUUCAUGCUGGCUGCCCUGUCAUUGUUGGCGAUAAAUGGGUUGCCAAUAAGUGGGUUCAUGAGUAUGGACAAGAGUUCCGACAUCGUUGUAGCCUUAAUCCUGAGGAGUGAAGGAAGAAUGAGACCAUUUAAAGUACAAGAGUCAACCCCCUUAAAGGGGCAAUGAUAGCAAGUGAGGAAGUGAAAGACUGAGAAUGAAGGGGUAAAGCAUUUGAGAGCUAAAACCCUGCCUUCAUAACUGAUUUGAGUUCCCAGCAUUGGGAAGAGAGGCACAUGGAUAAUUUUCAUGGAUGUUUGAAGGGCACAGGAAAUAAAGAGAUUUCAACUGUGUGUAUGUUUGUGUGUGGUUAGGGAAUGGUUUGGUAUGCAGCCCACAGGGCAAGCUGACCUCUUGUUUCUGCUUCCCAAGAUAAACACCAGAAAGUUUAAUGAAAAUUGCUGUUUACAUGAGUACCUGAUGAUGAUUUGUUUUGAUGAGUAGUUUGUGGUAACAUCUUUUCUAUUCUGACAGCAAACAAUAUAUACAUAUUUUUAUAAUUAAUUACAAUACACAUUGAAAUAGGAUAAUGAUUUGCCCACUUGGAUGUUUGUUAGCUUUUAAAUCUGUUGCAACUGUACGUUAUUUAUGGUCGCAAAGCAACUUCCAAAAAAGUUCCAUAAAUGUUGUAAACAUAUAAAUAAAUAAUAAAAUUAGAUGAACCUUU